AUGUUCCGGGCCAGCUCCUCCAGACUUUUUACGAGGGGUGUGGCGUCACCGGCGAGACGGACGGCCUCCCUUGCAAAACGCCAUGUCAACCGCACACCAGUCAGAACGUUAGCAUCUGUCAGCGUGCCGACGCCCCAGGAACCGACCGACCUCGAUAACAUCACGACUCUGCCGAACGGUGUCCGUGUCGCUUCGGAGGCCCUCCCAGGCUCCUUCUCUGGCGUUGGUGUCUACAUCGAAGGCGGGUCGCGCUUCGAGAAUGCCUACCUCAGUGGUGUCAGCCACAUCGUGGACCGUCUCGCUUUCGCGUCGACGACCAAGCGAAGCGGCGAACAGAUCCAGGAGACGGUCGAGUCGCUGGGUGGGAACAUCCAGUGCGUUUCAAGCAGAGAGUCCAUGAUGUACCAGGCUGCCACGUUCAACUCUGCCGUCCCUACGGCCACAGAACUGUUGGCAGAAACGAUACGAAAUCCACAAAUUUCGGAAGAAGAAGUCAGUCAGGAGCUGGCGACGGCUGAGUACGAGAUUACAGAGAUCUGGAAGAAGCCCGAGCUUAUCCUCCCUGAACUGGUGCACAUGGCUGCUUUUAAGGACAACACGCUCGGUAACCCGCUGUUGUGCCCGGCAGAGCGCAUUCCCGAGAUCAACAAGUCAGUCGUCGAGGCGUAUAGAAAGGCUUUCUACCGACCGGAAAGAACUGUGGUCGCCUUUGCUGGCGUCGCUCACGAUGAGGCUGUCCAGCUGGCCACUCAGUUCUUCGGUGACAUGGAAGGUUCAGACCAACCCGCCUUGUCGCGAACGGGUUCAGAGACGUCGAUUGGGUCCAACGUUUCAGCGAGCACCGACGAUUCCACUGCGUCCAGCGCAUCAUCCGCGUCAUCAACACCAUCUCAGCAAUCUCCCAGCAUAUUAUCAAAGCUACCCCUUUUCAAGAACCUCUCCACCUCUGCAUCAUCCAACGCAGCCGUCAUCACCGAUCCGGCCAAACUCUACCCCACGCAGCAGGAAAUGACUGCCCCUGCACACUAUACCGGUGGAUUUGUCUCGCUUCCCUCCCAACCGCCAUCAUAUAACCCUCUGCAGCCUGUUUUCACUCAUAUCCACCUUGCAUUUGAAGGUUUACCGAUCGCCUCGGACGAUAUCUAUGCCUUGGCCACUCUAAACACUUUGCUCGGCGGUGGCGGUUCAUUCUCCGCCGGUGGCCCUGGCAAGGGUAUGUACUCGAGACUGUACACGAAUGUUCUCAACCAGCACGCCUGGGUUGAGUCCUGCAUUGCGUUCAACCAUUCUUACACCGAUUCCGGCCUUUUUGGAAUUUCGGCCAUGUGUAUUCCAGGACGGACACAGCCCAUGCUUGAUGUCAUGUGCCAGGAGCUACGUGCACUGACUCUAAGCACAGGCUUCGCCGCUUUGGGCCAGGUCGAAGUCAGCCGAGCCAAGAACCAAUUGAGAUCAAGCCUCCUUAUGAACUUGGAGAGCCGCAUGGUCGAAUUGGAGGACCUCGGACGGCAAGUUCAGGUCCACGGUCGCAAAGUACCAGUCCAUGAGAUGUGCCGCAAGAUCGAGUCCCUUACUGUCGAGGAUCUCCGCCGCGUGGCUCAGCAGGUCACAGGUGGUCUAGUGCAGAACCCUGGCAACGGCAGUGGCCAGCCCACUGUUGUUCUACAAGAGGCUCAGCAGCCCGGCUCAUCAGCAAAGUCUUUGAGCUGGGAAGAGAUUCAGGAUAGAAUCUACAGAUGGGGACUUGGAAGACGAUGA